AUGGUCAAGCUAGACGUGCGAAGAGACUAUUAUGCAGACCUGGGUCUCACGCAUAGUGCAGAUUCUGAGGAUAUCAAAAAACAGUUCAGGAAAUUAGCUCUUAAAUAUCACCCAGAUCGGAACCCAGGAAGAGAGGUGGAAUCCAACGCAAAGUUCCAGGCGAUUCAAGCAGCGCACGAGAUCUUGAUUGAUCCACACCAGCGGCUGAAAUACGACACCGAUCGACUUCGAAAUGGUUACUAUGGGCCUACCAGACCGAGCGCUGCUCGAAAAGACCCGACGGCGGGCUUCCCCUCCGCCAAACCGAAUACAAAGGCGCCCUUCUCCGAACGUCCAAAGUCCUUCCACCAUGGUCCUUCCUCAGGUGCUCAGCGGUACGCUAGUUAUGCACGGGCUGCACCGAAGCAGCCGUGGGAGAAGAUGCGCGACGAAACGCAGACCCGCGCGGAUGCAUAUCGAGGGUUCCAGGAGAUGAAAGGAAACGGUAUGCCCGGAUGGUCCUCUUUUGAUCCUCGCACUGGACGAUCAGGACAGCCCGGGGCGGCACCCAGACCGACUGGCACAGCAAACGGAUCUGCGAGACCGAAAUCCGCAUACGAGAAAAUGUACACAGGCGCGAAACCUACGGCCGCUGAGUCUGCCCAUGCUCAAUCCCAAUCUGCGAAGAAGAAGCAAGGCUUUGCUCCAAGAGCUGCAGGUGGUGAUGAACCGAUGGCCGCAAACACAGCUUCUUAUAGGAAUGCCUCCCGAUUUGAUCGUUUCGGUGCGGCACCGUCUCCGACUGCGAGGAAGCCUGCCGCUGGUUUCCCUAGCGGUACUGAGAAUAAUAUGAGUACUCCGGAAUAUGAGAGGGCGAGGAGCACGUACGCCACAGCUGGAGGCGAAAAGACCUUCUUCUCUAGUUCUAUGCUUGGGCGCUCCGACAGCGCGCGCGCGUCCCCUAAGAAUCCCAAUUCGCGUCCGCACACCAACCCCCCGAGCCCCGACCCGCAAGAGAAUGGGCGACACCGAAGCGUAAGUCCAGAUAGAACGCGAAAUUAUGACUCGACUAGCUCUAGUGACCUCAGCGAGGACGAGGUUACGUUCAAACCCAAGGCAGUGCCUAAGAGUAGGCUUCGACAACAACAGAAAUUCGCCAACUUUCAUAAAACCAACGGAUGGUUUGGGGCUGCAGCGCACGAUUCUGACUCUGCGAGCUCAGCGAGGAAUAACUCCGACACGCCGGUGUUCGCUAAGAAAGCCGACUUCUCGUUUGGAGCCAAGAAGUUCCCUCAGAACGGAGCUUUCAAGAGCAAUAGCCAUGAUGACCUACGAAAAUCUAGUCGCAGAGAGCCGUUUGGCUAUUCCCAAGAUACAUCGAACUCCAAUUACCGUGGACGUGCAUCGGAAAGAAACAGUCCGCCGGCCGCCACGGAUAGCAUCCCUAAACGAGAGUCGUCCAACCCGGAAUCGGCCUCUCAACAGCAAGCACCAUUUUCAUCAGAAAACUUCUUAAGUGCCGACUGGACGGCAGCGUUCCAGUUCAAGAACUUUUCAGAUGCUCUGCCGACUAAUGAUGGUGCUCAGCGGCAGCCAAAUUCCCAGCGCACCCGGAGCCCUCGAAAGCAAACCAGACCACCGAAUAGGGUACGGCCUACUCCGCAGCAAGCCAGCGUCGCAACGGAAGCUGAGGAGGCUGAGUCAACUGUCGGAGGACGUGAAAGCCAGGCACCUGAUGUGGGCGGGGAGGCCAUGGACCUUGACGACGAAACUCCAGCCAAAACUGCCCAGCCAUCACCGGCGCCUCAGAGGCCGAAUAGCAGCAGAGAGAAGACAGCGCCAUCUCCGUCAAGACCACGGCCAAACUCAAAGUCUGGUGGGAACAAAGAAGCCUCAGCAAAUCCUCUGAACAUGAAUAUCUUGGGCGGUGUAUUCCCUUUCACCACCACGAAUAGCGGUGGCCUGGAAGAUCUGAAGGAUAUAUCCUCCACUCUUCCGUUCGAGUCCCAGCCCAAGGCACCAAAGACAACUAUGGACGACACACAUCCUCGAAAGCUGAUCUGCCCCAAUCCUCCCAAGCGCCCUGAACCUCCACAGCCUGUCCCGAUUAGCGCGGGAUCAAAACAAAUGGCCAUACCGCGAAUGGCGUUAGACCGGUAUAUCGCCGAAAUAAACACUUAUGUUCGUGAGUGGGAAACAUUUGACGGUCAAAUGGUCGGCCAUUUCCUCUCCCGCCACAAGAGUAAUUUAACGGAGAUGGCACCCAACUGGCUCGGCGCAAUUGGAGACUCGACACGUCCAGGUGAUGAUGAGAAUUCUGGCGAUGACAGCGAUGACGAUGCAGGCCCUACAGCUCGACGAGGUUUCACGUCGUACAAGAACGCACUGGUGCAGGAUGAGAAGGUGAUGAAGCAUUGGGAAGUUGCGCGCGAGAGACACCUAGAGUGUAUGCUGAAGUACGGGCAGAUGAGGGAAUGGGUUCGUGCUGGGGGUAAGGUGCUCUAG